UAUUCUAUUCCAAUAACAAAAUUCCCUAUAUGAUGACGACUUAGUAGAAAAUGAUUAAUAUUGAUUUGUCCAGUUUCGCCGUUUCUUCCUCUAUAUCUCUCUCAUAUACAAUUUCCAACUCCGUUAAUAUUUCCCGUUAAUAUUCUUUCCUCCCGUCCCUCAUUCUUAUCUCCUUUCUCAAUUCCCAUUUCUCAAUUCUCAAUUUCCACCGCCACUCUCUCUUGUUAAUCAGUAUUAUUGUCACAACAAAAAAAUUCCGGCAGGUUAACUUAAAGAGGCUUGAUCGAAUCGGAAAGAAACGAAAAGAGAAGAGAAAGAAAGCGCACACAGAUCGAGAAAAAGAUGGCGGAAGAGCACCGAUGCCAAGCUCCGGAAGGCCACAAACUCUGUGCCAAUAAUUGCGGCUUCUUCGGGAGCACAACCACCAUGGACCUCUGCUCCAAGUGCUAUAGAGAUGUUCUCUUGAAGGAGCAAGAACAAGCCAAGACCAAAUCCACCAUCGAAACCGCUCUCUCCUCCUCCUCCACCUCAGCCGCAGCUCAUCCAUCUCCGCCGCCUCCAGCCGUAGAUUCCCUCCCUCAACCAUCACCGCUCAUCGCCUUAGAAUCGUCCGUAUCGACGGCUCCAGCGGUUGGAUCGACGGUUCACACGAACCGAUGCGCAGCAUGCAGGAAACGGAUCGGGUUGACCGGUUUUACAUGUAGGUGCGGGAUCACGUUUUGCGGGGCCCACAGGUACCCGGAGAAGCAUGGGUGCGGGUUCGAUUUCAAGACGGUAGGGAGGGACGAAAUAGCGAGGGCGAAUCCCGUGAUCAAAGCCCAGAAGCUCGACAAGAUUUGAUCUGAACCGUUGGUUUUGGACGAUGAACAUGAGUGAUUCGGAUGAUGAUGAUCAAGACCCGUCGUGAUCAUAAUGGUUGCGAAUCUGGCGGCCACCGCUUCAUGAUUGAUUAAAAAAGAAAAAAACGUUAUCUAUUAUUAAUGAAGAAAGGUUGAAUUUGAAUAAGUCGUAUGUAGGGACUAGGGAGUGGCUUUGCUUUGUAAAAAAAAAAAAAUAGAAAUCGAUUUUCUGCUGUUUUCCGGAUGGAAGUGAAGAACGUGAAAAUUUGUAGGUCCACCCGCGUUAGAGUGAAGGGUGGAUUGAAAUGUGAAGCGCUGGAGUUUAAUACAUGUAUUGUGCAAUUUUAGAGCGUCUUUGAUGUUUCCAUUAUUACGAGUGCCAAACCCAAAUCAUCUA